UGUGUCAGAAUGGAGAGCAGCACACAGCGUGUUAAGGAGCUUUAAAACUCAGAUCAUGUCUGGGAUAAUGAAGAUAUUUCUACUCUUAUCAUGGGCUCAAGUGACGGGUUGUAGUCACCUCUUGCCACCCACAGAUUUCAGGAUUUCAGUUGCUGCACUUGGAAAGGUUGAAUUAUCCUGGAAACCAAGUGUUACUCCAAAGGAUGGAUUUAAAAGGAUGGAGUACAUGGUUGAAAUUCAGAUUCCUGGAGAGAAAGAAGAGAUGUACUACACAAAAUACACAAGCUCUUCACAAAUGCUCCCACUGCACAAGGGACUCAAUGCUCAGUUGGCAGCUGUUUUAUACCAGGGGGAUCAGGAGAUACUUCGAAGUGACCUAGUGACUGCAGUUCUCCCCCCAUCCUCUGGAGCAGAAGGGACUCGAGCCAAACAUCUAAGUUGCUACUUACGCACAGAGGAGCCUCUGCAUGUGUCGCUCAGUUGUAAUUGGACAGCAGGGAAAAGAGCCCCCCCAGACACUCAGUAUUUUAUGUACUACAGGUACGAAGAGUGGACAAAGGCUUGCAAAGAGUAUGUGACAGAAGUUGGGACAUUGCGUCACAUCAGCUGCAGAGUUCCCUCUAGUUACAUUGAUCUGCAGGAGGGGGAAAAGUUCAUUGUGCUCAUAAAUGGAUCCAGCAAAAACCUUGAGAUCCAGAGCCUUGAACAGAUGUUUUCUCCAGAAGAAAUAGAGAUAAUAAACCCUCCGCACAACCUGUCUGUGAUGGAGCUGGAAGGAAAGCAGAUUUUGUGCUGGGAGAAACCUCUCUCACCAUUACCAGAUGAUUGCUUCCAGUAUGAAGUCAAAAUCCAGGAUCUCCGAAGUGGCAAUGAGAGAACAAUGCGAGUUUGGGAUACCAAGUGGGAGAAUGGUCUUCUGCAGGAAUCUUGGAGUCAGAUGUCUCUGGAAGUGAGGAGUGUUGGGACUAAUAAGUGCAGGAAAAAUGAGUUAUUCAGUGCAUGGAGUAAGAUCAUCCACAUAAGAACUUCUAGAGAGGACAGCGUGGAGACAACAUAUGUGAUUGCUGUAACUGUGUGCCUGACCGUGGCAGGACUAGUGCUUUUUCUCCUGUGUGUUAGAUUCCACAUUAUGAGAAUGUUGUUUCCUCCAAUUCCCAAACCAAAGAAUAAUCUGAAAGACACAUUUCCAAGCUACAUGGACAACCUAUAUUACCAGAUGUGGGCCAGUAAUGAAGUGAUAAGCACCAUUGAGGAGAUGGACGACCAUAACUAUUAGAUGUAGCCGCUGAUGCCUACAGCACCUUUUCGGGUAGUUGCAAAGCUUUCAUUCAGCGAGACUUUGUGAUGAACACUGUAUGUAUGCAUAUUAUUGCAAGAUACAAGUGAGUGCAUCUAUGGUCUUACAUGACGGUUAUGAAAUUUGGAGAAAUACUGGAAGUACAACGUAGAUAUCUAUGGAAGAUGCUUGACAUUGUAUAUAUAUUAGUUGGUACAUCACUGGACCAGUGUUUUCUUUUAUACGCAAAACUGAUUUUUUUUAUCUUUAUAUCUGAGAAGGCUACAAGUGUCACCAUCCCAUAUAUUUUAAAUAUUGACUGUCAUAUUUGAAUAUUCAAAUUUAGUAACCAAAAAAACAGAAGAAAGUAUUAAAAAGUGUUAAACCUCUUUUAACAGUAACAAUUGAUCUCAAGAUAUCAAAUGGCUUCUCCAAUAUAAAUUAUUUGGAGCUCAUUACUGCAGAAAAACUCUACUCUGAAGACGUCUAAACUUAUUUCUCAUUGCUCAUUUUAGCUUGAUGGGACAUACUUGAAAGUGAUGCAGCAUAACUGUAAAAAGCUGACAAGAAAAUAUCAACUAAAUAUCUCUAUGGGGGAUAUCUAUCAAGCCGUCAACUGUGUUGCAUUCAACGGCAUCAAUACGCUUGCCUAACAUCGCCUAACAUUGCGGCCGUAGACCUGAAUAAGAUCUCCUUAUUUAGAAAAAAAGCUGACAAAAAGACGCACACCUAGUGAUUGAAAUCUUUCAGCCAAUAGGAAUGCAAGGGACGCCAUCUUGGAUGACGUCACUUGCAUUGAAGUUCCAGUUUAUGGCGGCGACCGUAUGAAGAGGAGCUCUGCACCGGAUGUCUUCAGGAUGGACCCGCUCCGCGCCGGAUGGAUGAAGAUAGAAAAUGCCGUCUGGAUGAUCACUUCUUGCCAACUGGAUGAGGACUUCGCCGGCUGGAUGAAGAUGGAAGAGGCCGCCCGGAUGAAGACUUCUUGCCGUCCAGAUGAAGACUUCUUGCCGGCUGGAUGGAUCCUUCAAGUAGGACUUCAAUAACUGUAAGUGGAUCGUCGGCAGAUAGUGGUAGGUUUAUUUAAGGGUUUUUUGGGUGGGUUUUAUUUUUAGAUUAGGGUCUGGGCAUGUAAAAGAGCUAUACAAAUGCCCUUUUCAGGGCAAUG